AUGGGGACUUUGGUUACUCAACUCAAAGAAUCCGACGCCAAGAAUGCUGAGGAGGUCAAGGUACUCGAGGGGAAAAAUGUAGAGCUGCUCGAUCAGAACAAUAAGAUAGUCGAAGAACUGAAGACAUUCCAAAUUGCCCUGACCAAAGCCAUUGUGGAUAAGGAGAAGUUCAAGGAGUCUUAUAAGCUUAACUUCCAGGAGGCCAAGAAGCUUGAGGAGGAGCUGAUCACUAGCAGGAAGGAAAACGAAGGGCUGGAGGGGCGCAUUAAAGAGCUUGAGGAGGCCAACGCCAGCAACUUGGAGAGGUAUAAGGGAACCACCUCUAAUUGCUUCUAUGCAUUUUGGAAACACAACUGCGAGGCCAACUUCAACUAUCUUUUCGGGCGCAUGAGGCAAACUAAAAUAGCCCGGUGCCUUGCUCGUCUGGUGGAAGAGGAGAGAGCAAAAAUCCCAGCCUCCCCCAGGUCUCCUUGGCCACGGACAUUGAAGGCACGGAAGUGGAAGCUGGGGCCUCUGUCAACCAGCCAACUCCUCAGGACCCUAAUUGCUUCAUAG